CUGCCAGGGGCAGGGCUGAGCCUCCACCAGCCCCACCUGCCCUGCCCCAGCCCUGCAGCCUCUCCCCAGCAGCAAAGAGAACCAAAGCCUUCCACUGGGAUGUUGUUCCUUACGACAAGAUUCAAAAAUCAGUCUGGGGAUCGUGUGACCCGAGCAAGAGGAGAAUAGAUGUGUGCAGGCUGUGUGAGCAGUUCCAGCUCCAGGACUCAGCAGUGCUCCUGGGCAGCGAGCCUGCAGCGAGCCAGCACAUCCUGCUGGACAGAAAAGUUGCACACAACUUCAACAUUUUUCUUAAAAGUUUCCGUAUCAAACCCAGUGAGCUGAAGGACAAACUGUUCAUCAUCCACGAGGAGAGUGGGGGGCUCUCAGAUGAGCAGAUUACAGCACUCAGAAGAUAUUUGCCCACACCCAAAGAUGCAGAGAGGUACCUGUCCUUCAAGGGCUCCUGCUCAGAGCUGCACGUGGUUGACCAGUUUAUGUUGGAGAUGUGUAAAAUCCCCCAGCUGGGGCAGAGGUUGGAUCUGCUGCUCAGUGUCCGGGAGCUCCCCGAGAGCAUCAGGGACCUGGAGCCUCUGAUAAUCCAGAAUAUCCAGGCAAGCAAGCAGCUGCAGUCCAGCCCAAGGUUUGUGGCAGUCCUGGAGUACAUUCUGGCCAUGGGGAACCACCUGAAUGAAAAAGCUGGGAAGGAGGUGGCCAGAGGAUUCCGGCUGUCCUCUCUGGCCAAGCUGCCUCUGCUGAGGGGCAGGGACAGGACGUUCACCCUCCUGCACGCCCUGGUGGAGCAGAUCCUGUCCCACGAGCCCCAGCUGGCCACCUUUCCUCAGGAGCUGACAGAGUUUGAAGCUGUUCCUGAUGCGUCCAUGAAGGGCCUCAGUGCUGAAGUUGAUGUGUUAAAAAAAGAAUUGGAGAACCUCAUCCAGUGCAGGAGGCUCCUCAAACCCAGAGCAAGCAAGGCAACACCUCAGGAGCUGCAGUUCUGCAAGGAGCUGAAGGAUUUAAUUCAGAAAUAUGAAGGGGAUCUCUCCCAGCUGUCAAAAAGAUGUGAGGAAAUGAAGAAGCUUUACAGCAAUGUACUGGUGAGGUUUGGGGAGCCCCCAGACCUGGACUCUCAGGAGCUCUUUGGGUGGAUAUCAGCGUUCAUCAGCGAGUUCAGGAAGGCGUGUGCUGAAGUCACACUGUGAAAACACAAAUUUUAUGGAGAGGUGGGGGAAAGAGGAGGCCAGGAAACAAUUUUUAAUUUUUUUUCUUCUUUAUUGAUAAGCAGCACUUUGCCAAUCUCAGCUGUGCAGCAGAACACCUCGAUUUUUGAGAGAAAUUAAAUUUAUAAUGUGUAAUUUUAAAUGGUAUUUAAUCUGUAAUAUCCCAGAUCACUUAUGAGCCUCUCAAUUUUGUGCUUCCAUACCUUGAGGUUCCCAUUCACUGAGAAAAAAACACUUUUUGUUUUUUAUAAUUCCUCUUUUCAAUCUUUUCCUUUGAAUGCCCCAGCUCCUGACCCAGUUUUAAUUAUUAUUUCCAAUUAAUAACUUUCUGUGUGGUGAUCUAAUGUCUAAAGAAUACUUCACACAUUUUCUAAUGAAAUGGGGAGCUGUCACCCACAGAAUUUAUUUAAAUAAAUUCCUGUUUAUUUUGCUAUUAAAACAUUGCAAACUUUGUAUGUCACAA